AUGGCGGCGGAGGCAGAGGCGCAGGCAGCGGCGGUGCUGGAGCAGCUGCAGCGCGUUGGCGCCAAGGUGUUCUUUGAGAAGCAGCUGACGUCUAGCGAUGUUAGUGCUUCGGGACGCGUGGUGGUGCCCAAGGCCAUGGCCGAGCAGUACUUCCCAAAGCUGGACAACCCAGCUGGCAUAUCAUUGGAGGUCGAAGACGCGCACGGAGAAACAUACACGCUGCGGUGGAGGUUUUGGAUCAACAACCAGAGCCGCAUGUACCUGCUGGAGGGCACCGCGGACCUGCAGCACCGCUACCAUUUGAAGAUGGGAGACGUUCUGAUCUUUGCCCAGAAGGGGGACAAGGACAAGGCCGUCGUGCUGGCCGGCCGCCCCGCCACGCGCGCUGACGCCAUGCGCAAGGCGGCCGCGGCGGCGCGCAAGCCGUCGCCGACGCCGGCGGGAGGCGGCGGUGGCAAGGGCGGGGCCGGGCGCAACAAAGACAAGGCCAUCAAGGAGCGCAACCGCCGCGCCGCCAUGCGCCGCCACGGCGUCAACCCGGAGGACGUGGAGCCGCCCGCGGACGGCGUUUUCCGGGCGGUGCCGUCAGACAGCAUGGCGGACGCCCCCAACGCUGUCAGCCAGGUGCGUGCGGGACGGUGGUUGGCGUCCCUCAACCUGGCCGGGGAGCUGUACCAGGCUUUCUUUCCCAAUGAAGACCAGGCAGCGGAGGCCAUCCUGCUCUCCGGCUUCACACAGCCGGACGUGUCGGCAUAG